AUGUCUUGGCAAGCGUGCACUGAUAAUUUACUAGCUACCGGUAAAGUUGAUAGAGCUGUUCUUUACUCUAGAGCAGGUGAUUCUGUAUGGGCCACUUCCGGUGGUUUACAAUUACAACCAAAUGAGAUUGCCGAAAUCGCUCGAGGCUUCGACAACCCAGCUGGAUUGCAAAGCAAUGGUUUGCAUGUCCAAGGUCAGAAAUUUAUGUUAUUGAGAGCCGAUGACAAAAGUAUUUAUGGUAGACAUGAUGCAGAAGGUAUUGUCUGUGUUAGAACUUUACAAACAAUAUUGAUUGCGCAUUACCCACCUUCUGUCCAGGCUGGGGAGGCUACCAAGAUUGUCGAACAAUUAGCAGAUUAUUUGAUUAGUGUUAAGUACUGA